CCAGCCGCAGCUGGUGGCCCCAUCACUGCAUGCAAGUAAUUGUAUCGAGAAUAAAAUUUUUACCGAGAACUGCGCAAACACAAUGACCCUUUCCAACAAUUCCGCUGAUCCCUUUUUGAAGAAUAUUUUUAUGAUAUGGACAAUUAUUCUGGCAAUAAAUGGGUAUGGCAGCUUGCGACGUCCCAGUACCGAUAACGGUUUUCUGACCUUCAUUACGAGCCUAAUACGGCUGCUAUGGAGCGUAUGGCUGACUUUUUUCAUGUGGAUCCAAGUCGUUAUCGAUAUAUUUACAGUGAUCAGUGGUGCCCGCAAAACCACCUCACAGGAGCUCAUCCUGCAGAUGCUGGGUAUCGCCAGUUCCGUGAUGAGUCGUGUUGGAUGGACGACACUCAUGCUGAUUUACCAUGAAUGGCAGGAUAUUGUCCAGGAUAUCUGUCGGGUGUGUGCUCCGUAUCUGAACACCAAGACAAGGAAGAAACUGGUGUGCCUUGUCACGGUGCUUUGCCUGAUUGCUGUACCACGCUUCUGGUACUUUGGUUACCGGUCCUUCUACGCUUUUCCCUUUCCAGCGGAUUAUUCCAAAAAUGCGUUGAUUAAGAUGUGCGCGCGGGAUCCCGGUUGUCAGAAUUCGCACUGGCAGACUGUGGCGGCGAUUGUGGCGUCGGUGGGCAUUCAGAUGGGUCGUUUGACCAGCGGGAUUUGUGGUUCCACGAUUGAGUACUUUGUUCCCACGCUGUGUCUGGUUCUGGGAAUAUCCUUUCGUGUACUGGUGAGAGAAAUGGUGCUGCAGAUGCGCAGCUUAUUGGAACCGCGAAAAGGGUGUGGAGAUUUCGUUGGGCAUUAUAUGCAACGCUACCGUGUACUGGAGAAAAUUGUACGGCGCUUGGACAAAUUGUUGUCCGUGAUUGUCUCGGCGCACUACUUCGGGCAGGCGUUGAAGUUGCUGGAUACGCUGCGACCGCGGAAGAAGGGAUACUUAGCGGUGACCGUAACCGAGGAUUACAUUAUUAGCCUGUAUGAGCAUCCACUGCUGAUCGGGUUACAUGCUUGCGCCCUGAUUUACCUCAACGAAAAGGCCAAAUCAGUCAUCCACGUUCUAGAGGAAAUACAAGCGGGAGACAGCGAUCUGGAUGCUGAUCAACAGCUGCAGGUCGUCGGACAUGUCAAUCGUCUCGCGACAAGCAACAUUGGAAUGACACUGGCCGGCAUCGCCACUGUCGAUCGACAAUUUAUUUUAUCACUCAUUGGCGUGCUGGCUUCUUACAUGAUGAUCCUAGCGGAAUUAAAUAAACCGGAUGGAAAGAAUAACCAGGCUGCCAGCGACAUGUCUUGUGAAGUCAUCGAUACAAUAUGCCUGCGGUCUGAACGAGACUUCAACUUUAACUUCAGCAUGGUUUCUUGAGUUCCUUGUAUGGCGACAGGGGUUUACUUAAACUUCCAGUCGCAAAUACGCAUCCUACCUAAUUAUUUUACAUGCAUGAUUCUAGCGUGGCAACAGUUGGCAAUAGUCUACUGUACAUGCUGUGACACCUACCAAUUUGUGCAACUAGAUGGAAAUAGAUGGAAAUAGUAGAGUAGCUUUUAAAGAACAUUAAUAUUUUAUGCAUGCGUGGAAUUUCAGUUUUAUGUCAAUAGGCGCUCGUAGCUGGUAUGACGGUGUUUUAGAUAUUACAGAUUUAUUAAAGUGGCGAGAAAUCUU